AAAAGAAAAUGUACAAAGAAUUUAGCACAGUACACAAAAUUAUAUAAUAUUGGUCACAACUUGUUAUAUAUAGUCUUCCACUGACAUAUUCCUAUACAGGUUUGUCUGUGAUAAAACCCUAACUCUUCAAUCCCUCUUCUCUUUGGCUUCCCCAUCCUUCCUCUGUUCCCCAUUUCUUCAACUCUCUCUCUGUCUCUCAAAAGAGUGAGAAUUCAUGGAUGUUGAACUGAUGAUGAUGCAGCUGGAAACUCUCCCUGAACUCUAUGGUCCUUACAGCAGCAACACUUCUCAAUCGCCUGAACUCGAAUUAUCCGGCGGAAGCCCCACCGCCACCAGCAGUGAAACCACCACCACAAAACCACCCCUCUUCCAAAACCCAUCUCUAAACUCUCCAUUCUUAACCAACCCAGUUGAAGAGUCAAGUCCUCCAAGAUUCAGAAUCACUCAAAGAAACUCAAACUCCAUGGAAGCGAUGAGAGAGAUGAUAUUUCGGAUGGCAGUGAUGCAGCCAAUUCAGAUAGACCCGGAAGCAGUGAAGCCGCCGAAGAGGAGGAACGUGAAGAUAUCAAAGGAUCCGCAGAGCGUGGCGGCGAGGCACCGGAGGGAGAGGAUAAGCGAGAGGAUGAGGAUACUGCAGAGAUUGGUUCCGGGAGGGGCUAAAAUGGACACGGCUUCGAUGUUGGAUGAAGCUAUUCAUUAUGUGAAGUUCUUGAAGAAGCAAGUGCAGUGUUUGGAACAAGCUGGCGGGGUUAAUAAUAACUGUAACAAUUACAAUAACAGUGUGAGUGUUGGGUUCCAGACAAGGCCAAUGCUGCCAAAUGUGAAUUAUUUGAAACCUUGCCUCCUCUCUCCUUCUUCUCAUAUGUUUUAAGCUCAGAGAGAGAGAGAGAGAGAGAGAGAGAGAGAGGAGGGGGACCGGGGGAGGUAAUGUUUUUUUGUAAAUGGGCUAUGCAGUCUUGAUGAUUAUGCAGCUUUGUAAAGGAAGGGUUUUUUUUUUAUCUGUUACAUUUUGAUGUCCAAUUGAUUUGUUUUA